CCCCACUCCCGCUCUGCUCUGCUCGACCUCUUGCCCUGCCCGUGGGAUAUGUCGGAUGCGCAUUACGAGAACGGGAUGCAUGAACUGAACCGCCACCCUCCCCCGCAAAAAGGCGGUCAAUUGUUUCUCCUCGGGGCAUCAACCUGGUUCUUGGAAUCUGGACCCUUUCGUGGAACUUUGGAACCGCUGGAUGCUCGCUCCUUGGCACCAACGGCUGCUCUUCCGAACCCCGGCUCCAUCUGAUCGAACAUGGCGCCGUAUCGACGGGCCAUCCCGCCCCUCCGCCAGUGUGUUAGUAUCAGAAGCAAACUCCAUCUACAUCAUACGUCAUGUUUCUCUGGUACCAGCCUUAUUAGUUGUUUUGCCCCUCUAAUGUGUGGCUUUCCUCUUUUCAGAUAUUAGCCCGUACCAUGGGGGACACCUAACGGCAACACCAUGGAGAGAAACCUUGCAACCACACCGAAAAGCCUAUGCCCGAGGUGGAGAUGAAGUCCCAGAAACACACACUCCAAACCAGGCUCUCGGAACAUCGCCAAGGGUCCAUCUACCACACUUGAGGAGAAGAGAAGCUUUUGCAAUUAGACUGGCGGACAAUCAAGAGGUUCGCGUAGACGGGCCGAGUCGUGGGGCAACUAUCGGCUAAUUUGUCACCAAUAUGUUCAGAUCACGUACUUGCAUCUCCCCAACCCGCACCUCCGGUGUCCGCCUCGGCCCUCCCGGCCGAAAAGGAAUGAACCCCCUGUCAUUUCAUCGACAUAAAAUGUCGAGGUUGACACCGAGAUGUCAGACCUCCACCUCGACUCACCCGGCCACGAAACCUGUACCAAGCCAUCAGCUUCAAAGAUGCGUUGGUCAACGACAAUCAUAUUUCUGGCCACGGCUCUGGCCCCGGGGGCACAGUGUCUGUUCACCGGGGGUGGUUUGACCAUACUGUCACAGAACAAUCUUGACGGUGCCGAAAAUGACAAGUCCGCCGCCAUCCUCAUCAACCAGCCCAGUCCCAACUAUGCCGCCGCCAUGGCCUGUCAGCUGCUCGGAGAAGAGACAUGGGACCCUAAGAAGUCCAAAUUCACCACCACGUUGGCGAGGUCAUUGCCCUAUCAAGCAUACCUUGGAGUGGUCCCACGGGACCAGCUCUACUGGGUUUCCAAGAGCAACCCCAACUCUGAUAAGUGUCGGGCCAUUGAUGCCACAGGCAAGACUCGCAAUGUUGAUUGCUCCACCGAGUUACCUACCCUCUGUUCCCAGUCAGCCCGAGUGUCCAACCAGACCGUCGAUGACACCCAAUCCAACUGGCAAGUCCAGCAGUUUGUUGGUUCGAAACUGGUGACCGGUUACCGUGACCUACACGCCUGGAAGUUCCGCGGCCUGCGCUUUGCCGACCCACCGAGGCGGUUCACCUACUCCAAAGUCGCCAAUUACGGAGAGGACGGCGAGAUUGACGCCACCAAGGCCGGAGCAGACUGCUCGCAACCCAUCGGCGAAGUCACCAGUGGCAGCAGCGAGGACUGCCUGUUUGCCAAUGUCUGGACGCCUUACCUGCCGCGUAUGGCCGGCCAAGAUGCCAAGAAACAGUUGAAACCUGUCAUGCUAUAUCUCUACGGCGGAGGCUUGACAUCCGGUUCUGGAAAGAAUCCAAACACGGAUGGAACCAACCUUGCCUCCAGGGGCGAUGUCGUGGUGGUGUCUGUCAACUACCGCGUCGGCUCGCUUGGUUUCUUGAACCUGAAUGAUGAUGUCCACAAGGGAAACUACGCCAUCUCAGACAUGAUUACUGCCUUGGAGUGGGUCAACAAGUACAUCAAGUACUUUGGCGGUGACCCGAACAAAGUGACCUUAUUCGGAGAGUCUGCAGGUGCUUUGGGCACUCAUGUCGUCCUCAGCUCGCCAAAGGCAAAGGGUCUAUUUCACCGUGCUAUCCUACAGUCCAACCCAGAUGGAUACCCAAGCCCGGAAAAGCCUGUCACCCCUGCCAUUUUCUACGACACACUGGCCCACAACUUUGAGACGACCACCAAGAACGUGUUGAAAGACGCCGGCUGUUUGGAUGCAGAAGACAAAGUUGCCUGUCUCGGAAAGCUAAGCGGCUUCGACCUCGUCAAUCUGCCGACCAACGCCUACGGUAUCGUCCAAGACGGUCUCUACCUCACCACCCCAACCCUCAACUUCACCUCCACUCUGGCCUCCAAGAUUCCCGUCAUGCUAGGCAUCACCCGCGACGAAGUCGGCGUCAUGAUUGACGACCCCCCGGCCCCCAACGCAACCUUCAUCCAGUACUUCAACACCGUCGCCCAGAAGCACUUUGGCCUCCCCGCCAACUCCACCUCCCUGUUCUCCCUCCCGGCGAGCACUCUCGCCCUCCAAAACAACGAAGCCGCCAUACUCAACAGCACCAUCUCCCUUCUCUCCUCGUUAAUCUUCACCUGCCCCUCCCUCGCCAAAGCCUACAGCGCCUCCCGCCACGGCACCUUCAAAGACACGUACUAUUUUGUCUUCAACCGGACCUACCAGAUGCCGGGGUACUCCCGUGAUUGGUGUCGACCUCCUAGCACCAACGGGUACCCUAAGGGGAUUUUGGAUAUGGAGUAUUACAAGUGUCAUGCGGGGGAGCAAAUGAUUGUUUUUGGGACUGAGGCUAGGGGAGGGUUGCCGGAUAGGGAUGGUAACGACUUUGCUUUUGAGCGGUUGGUGGUUGAUUACUGGGGGGCGUUUGCGCGGUGGGGGAAGCCCGAGUUUGGAAAGGGGUAUUUGGAGGUGAGGGGGUUUGAGGGGACGAGGAGGGAGGUGGAGAGGUUGGGACGGUGGGAGGGUGUGGAUUGGAGGCGGCCAAAGGCGAGGGUGUUGCAGUGGGGUGGGAGGGGGGGGAUGGUUGGGUUUGGGGAGUUGAGUGGUUUGUGUGCGAGUUUGGGGGUGGAGUUGACUGUGUUGGAGGGUUGA